UGUUACUAUAUUCAUGUAAUGUAAUAUUUAUAUUACUUUGACAAUAACAAUAGUAAAUACUGAACGCGAAUGUUUGACAUUACUGCUUCAAAAUAUAUGAUAUCAUAUGGUGCUCAGCCACUGAUGUUGCCUAAAAGAUUUGUAUAACAAUCUGAAUUAGUGUCGUGAAUCAAAUAAUGUAUAGCAUUUAUGUUUCUGUAAGUUUUUUGUCCAUAAAAUUUACAUCCAAAUAAACUGAUGGCACCUCAAUCAAGAAAUAGCAGUUGGAAGUUAUUGAGUAACUUAAAAUGUACCCAAAAAAAUAUUUUAACUGCGGAUGCAUGGAUGAAGGCACGCCAAGAGGAAGAAGGCGCCGAAAACCUUUGGAGAGUACAUGAUAAAUUGUACGAUCUUAACGAAUGGAUAUCAAAGCAUCCUGGUGGAUCUCAAUGGUUUAAGUUGACUAAAGGGACGGAUAUUACAGAAUUAUUUGAAUCCCAUCACAUAAAUAUGGAUACAGUAAAUAAAAUUUUAAAUAAAUUCUACGUUCGUGAUGCUACGACCAACAGGUUAUCGCCAUUUACAUUCAAACCAGAUGGUUUCUAUAAUGUACUGAAAUGCAGAGUGGCUAAAAAACUUUCUUCCAAAGAACUUAAAAAAUCUGUUCUCAAGUCUAUUUUAACGGUCGAUAUUUUGAUGUUUAUGGCUUUAGUUACUUGCGCUUUAGCUGCAAAAACAAACAUUUACUCUUUAGCUAUAUUAUCUGGAAUCAUUUUAGGUGUAGGUACUGUAGCUAGCCAUAAUUUUACUCAUCUGAAAGAUAACUGGAGAAUGUAUUACAUGCAACUAGGAUUAAUUUCUGUGCGCGAAUGGAGAAUAUCGCACAUAUUCAGUCAUCACAUCUAUACAAAUACAGUGAAAGACUUGGAAAUAACAUUAUUGUUUCCUUUUCUUCAUUGGUACCCAAGUACCGAUAAACCGUUCCAUAUUCGUUGGUUUCCAUAUUGCACUCCAGUAGUCUAUCCUUUUAUUACACUUGGUCAAUUAGGUAGAAGAACUUUAAAUUUCAAGAAUGACAAGGCUGAUUUAAUAGCUUUAAUUAUCCCAAUGAUAUUGUUAAUAAGUGGUCACUUGGCGUAUAUUGACGUGAUUAUCAUGUGGCUAUUAGUCAUUUUAUCAACAAGUUCCACAUUUACCUUCAUAGGAUUUAGUGCAGCUCAUCAUUAUCCCGAAAACUUCCACGAUGGAGACGAACUAAGUGAGGAAUAUGUUGACUGGGGUCUUUAUCAAACAGAUUCCUGUUCAGAACGAUUGGAAUUCGACAAUAUAAUCGUAUCAUUAAUGACAUUUGGUGAUCAUACAUUGCAUCACCUAUUUCCAGCUUUAGAUCAUAGCUUGAUACCAUAUUUACAAGAUAUAUAUGACGAGACGUGUAAAGAGUUUGGUAUAGAAAUAAUCACUAAAUCUUAUAUUGAAUAUAUAUUUGGCCAAUUUAAACAGUUGGUUCGGUUAACUCCUAAUAAACCUAUUAGAUCAAAUGUUAUUGUACAAUGAAAAGAAUCAUUUAUAGGUUUAUUUUUUGCAUAUAAUUAUGGUUAUCUACAAAUAGAUAAAAUAAUCAUGUAUAUAAUAUUAUUUGAUGUAUAUAUAUUUUUUUUUUAUUGUUUUGAUUUAAUUCAAUUUUUUUUUUUUUAUUUGGUUAUAGGCCUUACUAUCUUUUUACUUCUCACAAAGAGAGACAAAUGAAAAUAACAUUAUAAUGAGAUUUAAUUUUAAUUUUUUUUAUAACAUAUUUUUAUCGAGUUUUAUCAUUUUUCAAAACAAUUGUUUUGAUUUAUUUCUAUAUUCUUUUUUUUAUAUUAUUUAGUCAUAGUCAUUACAGCUACUAUUUUUCUAAAAAAAUGAAAACUAUGAAAAUAAUAUGGCUUUAUACAAAAUAUAACAUUUAUAUUAGAAGACUGACAAUCUGUAUAUUAUUUUAUGAUCUAUGAAAAUAAACAAUAUAACAUUAACAAAAUUUAACAACCUGCAUAUCUUUUGUUUAUUGAGUAUCUAAAUUUUUUUUAUUAUUUAAUAUAAUGCAUUUGAGUUGUAUUAAAAAUUAUUAUGAUAAUUAAUAUUUAAACCUUUUUUUAUAAUAAGAUUAACAUAAUUGAAGAAAAACUCACAAAAGUCAAUCAUUUAGUAUAAAAAGUUAUAUAUCCGUUAUUACUUAUACUGGGGUCAUUCCAUGUGAAUCACAUAAAGUGUGUGCUGGUAAAGUUCAGAAAUUUAUGAAAUUUAUGACAUAGACUUCUUAAAGGUCAUUGACAACAAAAUAAGAAGGUAUUGGUUAUACUAUGAUGUUUUUUUGUGUCUGUUACUACUUUUUCUCAGCUCUCACCGAACGGAUUUCUUUCAACGAUACGUCAAAAGAUCACAAAUCGUAUCUAGUCGAAGACAUUACCCUUAAAAAUUGAAAAAAUUUCCCUCGUUCCCCGUAAAUGGGGGAAAUCUCCAAAAAAAUUACAAAUUUAAAAAUCGCUAAUUUUCGAAAUUUUUUCAAUUUUUUUUACUAAAAACUGCCGUAACUUUUUCAAAAAUGAACAUAUCAAUAUAAUUCUUUUUUAUAUAGAUGCAUGAUAUUAUUACCUUUUAUGUGGUAUAUUUUUUUCAUUAAUUUAACCCUUAACCUCCCCACAAGGGGGGAUUUAAAAUGACAACUUUUUUACAAAAAAUUCAUUUUUUCAACUUAACUUUUGAAAGUGUUCCGGAAGGUUUGACACUUUUAUAUAUAUCUUAAAUUAAAGCUAAUGUAAUAUACUUUAUCAUGAAAAAAAAAAUUUCGGACUUUAUUUUAUCUUCAAGGUGAAAAUGGCUACCGAAUGCUAUUUUUGUGUGAACAUUUCCGAUUUUGUAUUUUACAUUUUUAACUUUAUUAUGCUAUAACUUUUUGAAAAAUGUAUAAGUAGUUCAUUAUAUUAAUAAUGAACUAGCAGAUCAUGUAGCUUUUGGAAUGAUCCACCAAUUUUUUAAAAUUAAACACUAUCUAAAGAUUUGCAUCGAAGCGUUUUUUUUUUAUAGUGAUUUUAAUCACUGUCAGAUAUCAUUAUACUUGAUCCAACUAUGCCACGUCACCACUGUGCCGCGACCCCCCUGUGGGGUUAAAUGCACAUAAAGAUAACUCAAAUUAUGACUGGUGGCAAAUAUCAUUAUUAAUGAACUAAGUAAUGUAAAAAUUAUUAUUAUUAUUAUUAUUAUAUUAUAAUUUUAAAUUAUCAUGAAAACAAUUUUAUAUAUUUAUUUUAUUAAUGUCCAUUUUUGUAAUAAUUUCUGGUGACCGAAGAGAUUUCUAAUAUUCAACAAUACUAAUUGAAAUUAAAAAAAUUAUAUAUAUAUAUAUAUAUAUAUAUAUGUGGGUACUAUUGGUAUCUAGAUGGCACCACUUCCAGGGUCUGGAGAUAGAUAGUGGUAUCAAGUAUAUAGAGGGAGAUUAAAUCAAGUCGUGAGUCGGCUAAGACGUGUCUCUAUGUAUAUUUUUUAGUUUAUAAGUGUAUUCUGUUUUAUAUUUUUAUUUCUGUGUUGUGUGAAUAUUUUAUAUAGAGUUUUCGUGUGUAAUUAAAUAUAUGUGUUAUUUUUGUUUGUUAACAUUUAAUAGAGUUUUUGUGUAUUAAUUUAUAAAUAUAUAAAUUAAAUAAUA